AGUUCACCUAUAAGGUGGGGCCGGUCUAGUCCAUCUGUAUAGGAAAUAUGCCUAAUACUAGUGUAAUGUUUCCAAUACAUUCAUUUAUUCUUGUUAUAAACAUAUCAUGUAGGAUUGCUUGAUGGGUGAAUAACUCGUUAUUUUAACGCAAUGGAGCAUAGUGAUGUUAAAAACGGUAGCAUCCGUCCGGAAAUAACUAUGCAUUACAGUGAGGUACUUUAAAUUAUCGAGCUAAGUACUACGUAGUCGUAGUUUGGUCCAAAACUUGCUUUUCAUUUCUGCGCUUAAGGAAGCAUAAGUCAUGCUGAUUUUUCAACAGCUCCAACUUUGCGAUUUUUUCACUAAUUUGAUUUUUCGGAACGUAUUUUUAAUUGCGAGCUAAAGUGAAUACUUUGAUGACUUUAAAUAAUCAGGAGAACAAGCGUAAGGCCGAUUAUAUGCAGCAUAAAAACCUGACUUCAACGGCGUGCAUUUCAUUUUUCCCUCUCGCUGUUCUUGCGACUGUGGCAUGGCGGGAAAAGCUUGCGACGCCGAAGGUGCCUACGUGACUUUCUGAACCUCUCCCUCGGCCAGUGUAUAUCGUAGUUGGCAGUAGCGGUGUGUGGGCGCACCAAUCAUGGGGGACAAGAAUGGCUGGGAUCAAAGUCAGUUGCGAAAAUACGACAUUCCCUUGGAUGAAAUACCAAGACUCGACGUAAAUGAUCCACUAGUCGACAAGUACAUAUCGGAAAAUAAACCGGUUGUUAUAACGGGAACAAAUUUGGUCGGCUCAGCAGAGAAAUGGGAUUUAGAAUACUUGGAAAAACAUAUGGGUGUUGCAGACCACACGGUCUUUCUUUCUCGCAACCACAAAUUCAAGUAUUUCGAUGACAAAAAGGUCCCACAUGGUGCGAAUGAAGGAAAAAUAGACUUUACGCCUCCAACACGGCGACUUGACAUGAAAUUUCCUGAAUUUUGCCGGCGCCUCAAAGACUGGAAGAGAGGAGAGGAAAGGAUGUACCUCCAGCAAGCACUGAAUAGUUCUGUUGGUCAAGCAAUAGUUCAUGACUUUCUUAACUUCAACUGGGACUGGAUCAACAGCAAACAAAAAAAGAAUGGCUGGGGUCCACUUACAUCAAAUUUGCUUUUGAUAUCAAUGGAAGGUAAUGUUACACCAUGCCAUUAUGAUGAGCAGCAGAACUUCUUUGCCCAGAUCAAAGGCUAUAAGCGAUGUAUUUUAUUUCCACCUGAACAAUUUGAAUGUUUUUAUCCAUACCCAGUGUACCAUCCCCAUGAUCGGCAAAGUCAGGUUGAUUUUGAACGACCAGACUACAGUAGAUUCCCAAAGCUUCGAGAAGCUCAUGGCCAGGAAGCAGUUCUGGGUCCUGGAGAUGUUUUGUACAUACCUAUAUACUGGUGGCAUCACGUAGAAUCCUUGAUGCGUGGUGGUUACACAGUUUCAGUUAAUUUUUGGUUUAAGGCUGGUCCAACGGGCCAAAUAACAUACCCAUUGAAGGGCCACCAGAAAGUGGCAGUGAUGCGUAAUGUAGAGAAGAUGUUGAUUGAAGCAUUGCAAAACACGCAAGAAGUUGGCCCACUUCUCAGAGCACUGGUCCUGGGCCGAUACACAGACUGAUGAUACUGUGAUUAUUUUUGUACUACUUGUAAGAUAGCUGUAAUCAUUUUCCUUGUCACAGUCAUGUAGUAAAGAGCUGUAAAAGUUCUGAAACUGCUGCCAUUCAUGUACUCCUUGAAGCCAUCAAGCAGUUUUGCUUUGGUUUGAUAUGGGUUGCUUUCAUGCCUUCAGUGAUGCUCCGUAAGGUAUGUUCACUUGGCAGAUCCAUUUAUUAUUUGUGUAAUAAAGUGCUGUUGCAUUACAAGAUUGUAGUGCAUCUUGCUUUUGCUACAGGGACUUCAUAUUCAUUGCUGUAAUUAACAUAAUUCACUCAUUGUCAUAUUUUAAAACCACUUGUGAUUUGUUUUUAUAUGUGAUCCUUGACUGUCGUUUAAGUUUACAGGGAAAUUGAAAAUGUGUCAUUAGUUACCAAAAGUUAACCACUUUUUAAAAAUUUUUAAAUUACUGCAUUAAAUGCAAAAUGUUAUACGGAAUGUGAUAAUUUAUUUCUUUCAUAUUGAGCAAGGAUUGAUGUAUUCUAUUAAUUGGAAUUUCAUGAAGUACCAAUAAUUGUGCAGUUGCUAGUGGCAUGCUGGGACUUCUGAAAAGUAUAAUUUUGUAAUUUUUUUCUACACUUUGUUGGCAUGUCCAGUUUAGAACAGAAGCAGUUUUACAUUAAUACUGUUUUAUUGCACUAGACUAUAUCAGCAAGUAAUAGCUCAAAAUUUGAACACUUCUUCGUGGAGGAAAGCAAUUUUUAAAAGUAUAGUUCAUGUUUUUAUGCUCUGUCACUUAGACUAAACCUAUUUUGCUGUGUUUAGUUGGUAUGUAUUAAUAUUCCACAAUUUUUACUGUGUGAAAAAUAGUGACAAAUAAGGAAUAUUUCCAAGUGUAAUCAUUGGAGGAUCCAUAAUGACGUGAGAAAUGAGAUCCUGCAGGUUAGUUGAUUGGCUCAUAGAAGCAGUUGGACUCUUUUUUUUUUUGUUUUUUUUACAUGUAUAUAUGUAAUCCGCAGUCCACAUUGCCGCAUGUAAAGCUAUGUGUAUCAUUAUCCAUUUUCCACCCCUCACCUAAAUUUUUUGUGAGAUGUGUGGGAAGAACAUGCAUCCUCAGAAUGCUAACAAUUUACAGUGGAUUUCCAAAUAAUGGCAAAUAUGUCUGACCCAGGUGCUCUCUUUCAUACACCUGAGAAAGAAGUAGAGCUGUUUGUUAGUUUGUGUGCAUUCUCAAAAUGCCAUGUCUCUUGUUAGUCCAGUUCAUCCACUAGGUGCAUUAAGACACCUUCAUUUCCUCAGAUUGUCUUCUCAGUAAAAGGACAGAAUUGUAAACACACACCGAGCGAGGUGGCGCAGUGGUUAGAUACUGGACUCGCAUUCGGGAGGACGACGGUUCAAUCGCGCGUCCGGCCAUCCUGAUUCAGGUUUUCCGUGAUUUCCUUAAAUCGCUCCAGGCAAAUGCCGGGAUGGUUCCUUUCAAAGGGCACGGCCGUCUUCCUUCCCCGUCCUUCCCCAAUCCGAUGAGACCGAUGACCUCGCUAUCUGGUCUCCUUCCCCAAACCAACCAACUACCAACUACUUGUAAACACAGCAACCAUACAAAAACUUAGCGACAGCAAGCUAGUGCUUGUACGAGCAAUAGCCCACAAAAAAUAUGAAAUACACAUGUAAAAUAUACAUUCUGUGAAAGACUUGUUGAAAUUGCUUACUAAUAUAGUCUACACUUAGUUGGGGGGGGGGGGGGGGGAGUUUACCAUCAGUAAUUGUACCUGGAUAUACUGUAAAAAAAAAAAUGGUAUGCCUGAUUGCGAUUAAGUGUUGUGCAAUAAAAUACGUGUUACCUUCAUUUUUUUUUUUUGUACCGGUAAACUUAAAAUAUGCCAAAGCAUACUGUCUAUAAAUUCAUAAAAUGUAUUUGAGAUGUCUUUUUUCUAUAUAAUAGGAUAAUUUUAAUCAGCUCAGCUGCUACCUGAAAUAAUUUUAUUGUAUUUCCGCCUGUUAAAUUGGCAUAAGAUCAGAAGACUACCAACCUUAAUUGUGUAUGGUUUGUACUGAGGACCAUUAAACCCUGAAUACAACAAAAAAAUAUAGUGUGUGAGUGAUGGCAAAUGAAUUUUGAGUGUUUCUCAAUUGGUGUUUAAUAAAGCAAUUUUAUUACAUAAAAAUGCAGAAUUACAUAACAUUUGUAAUGAGAUGACAAUUGUGAAGUGUGUGGGGUUGUGCACUAUCAUGUUUGAAACAAGCUGUGUAUGUUGAGUAGGCUAUAUUUUCAUUUAUGGUCACAAAGUGCUGAGCAUCUGACUAAUAUUCAGCGGUGACUGUCAAGUUAGUGCUGUUCUCAUCUGCAAUAAAAUAUGGGCUAAUGCUGACAGUUGCAUAUCUUAAUUGUUAAAUGUUCAGAACGGAAAUACUUUUCAUGUAUUUUAAAAGGAUUCUCUUAGUCUUAGUAACAGAAAUUAUGAAACUUCCUGGCAGAUUAAAACUGUGUGCCAGACCGAGACUCGGACUCGGGACCUGUUCGCGGGUAAGUGUUCUUGCCCGCGAAAGGCAAAGGUCCAGAGUUCGAGUCUCGGUCCGCCGCACAGUUUUAAUCUACCAGGAAGUUUCAUAUCAGUGUACACUCCGCUGCAGAGUAAAUCUCAUUCUGGGAACAGAAAUUCUGUUUAACAUUUCCUCUCAAAUGGAAAUGAGCUUUAUUACCAUUUAUGAUUAAUGCUUUUCCAUUUCCUUCAAGCAGCGCUUGCGUUUGAGGCAAAGUUCUCCCAUUACCACAGUUUGAUCUUACGAAUAGCACACAGUUCAUAUUGUUAAAACUCUUUAAUCCUUUCACAAUAUGCACACUUAUUCCCAAGUUCAAUUCACGUGGGUAUGCAGAUCACCUUUAUCUCUAAAGCAACACAUCUUCACCUCUUAAUGUUUUCUAGGGUCCUUAACUUUAAUUAAAAUGUGACCUUUUUUCUGCCUUACUCGCUGUCAUUUACACUAUGAACACACCUGAGGCAUGAAUUGCUGCUGGGAACAGUAUAGCAGCAUCCAAGGUUGAAACGAAAGCACAAAAGAUGCUGAGCUACAUUGACAGUCUAACCAUUUUGCAAGGACUCAUUAUUUGCAAAAAGUGGCACCCUACUGCUCACAGCUGCUGGUUCUUCAGUCCUAUCCCACCUAUCCAGGUGCUGAGAUUUAAGAAAGUGAAGGUAUCCAUAUCAGAAAUAUCUGUGCUCGGUGAUUAGAGCUUAGGGUUGCUCCUACUUGUGCUUCUGGAGAGUGUGACUCGGUUACUGUCCUGAUGUUUGCACCGUGUAUUAGCAACAGAAUAGUUUCUAAUUCCAUUUCUUACACUGUGCAAUGCAAAGUUAAUCUUUGGAGGUGUGUAUGUUAGUAAACUGCACAAUGUUUAUGAAUUUAGACAACAUUGUUCAUGAGGCACAGAGAUCUGGUGCUAUGGCUGCUACUGUCGGCUCCACGGUUUUUACAUGAUGCCAAGAUCAUACACUGCCCAAUCAUCCAUGAUACUAGUAUCACGCGAAAAGCCAAGGAGCCGCCAGCACCAACCGUAGGGAGCCAAAAAAAUCUGAGGAUGGCUUUAACAUAAGCUGAAAGCAAAUGUUAUUGCCAUCUCAACUGUUGUUUUAACCAAAAUCCACAAUGUUUAGCUUUUGCAAAAAUAAUUGUAAGCUGUUUUUCUGCAAUUGUUAAUUUUAUUUGUUGUAGAAUGUGAAUCGGAAAUACUUGAGCACAACAUUUUUUAGUUACCAUUUCUUUUCCUUGUUCAUUAAUUUGGUUUAAAUAAACUUUACUUUCAGAUAGCCAGUUGUACAUGGUAGACAUUUUUACACAUUUACUCAGCAGUAUUUUUCUGGCUGUUAAGUGUUAGUGUCUUCAUCAAAUAUUUUGCUGCGCCUGUAUGGUGUUAAGAUGGUAUGAAAAUGAAGCUUGGUUCUUCAAACUUAUGGGAGAGGUUUCACUUCUGCUGCUCAGUUUUGACAUUAUUUAUCCCUUUUGACUUGACAUAAAACUGACAUGCCUGUUUGUCAGCAGGUAACUUUGAGUGAUUUUCUAAAACUGUAUUCAUGUAUAAACGGUAUAUACAGAUGAUAAUAUAUUUUGCCUUAUUAUUUUUUUAUUUGUGUAUUUAAGAUUUGUGGGUUACUUACAGGAACUUCUUAUGUAUGUUCUAUAGUUCUGUGGGUAGUAACUUCAGUGUUCAAAACUUCAUGGCUCUGGUUAUCUGUUUGGCUGAGUGGCUGUUGUACUGAGUAUACUGAAUAUUAAUUUUGGAGUGUGAGCAAGUGUAAAUAUACAAAGCAAGUGUAAAUAUACAAAUGCUGUUUUGUGUGUUUGUAGUGGUUCAUUGAUACAGUAUUACAGUAGUAAUUGAUAGCUGUGGUUAAAUUCAUAUGCUUGUGGAGUGAGGAUUUCAGUAAUGGUGGGGGUAUGAUAUAUUAUUUCAGACAUAUCAGAUAACAGUGAAAAUAUUACAGUCUGAAGAAGUAAUACUGUUUAAAUGAAUGUAACUAAAUAGUGUAUGUAUCAUAACAUAAACAAUUGUUGGCUAUAUACCAUGUAGUUGCACUAAUGUUAAGAGUUACAGCAUAUUAAAAGUUGCUGAAUGUGGGCCAAUUUGUUUACAAGACAUUUAAGUGUAACUUAAUCUAAAUUGCUGCUCUUUGAAUUUAGCCCAUAAACACAUUAUAUCCACUUAAAAUUUGUGGGAAAAUAAUAAUACAUGGUACCUGUCAUAAAUUACCUUGUUUUAAGUCAUACUAUUGUCUGAAAAUGCAGAAAAUGUAAAAACAUUAAAUUUAAAAUGUGUGUACACUGUAAUAUAAUGGUUGCUGGUUUGUCAUUUGUAUGGCAGAUUCUUUUGUUCAUGGAUAAUAUGAUGUACAUACCUUUUUAGAUUGUUAUUUAUCUCUCCAGUUGUUGCUCCUAUUGUUGCCAGUCUCGUAUAAUGACCAAAGGAAUAUUAAUUAAAAGGUACGAGUAUUGGUAAAUGCUACAUUUGUAUCUGUUGAAAGCAGAGUCCAUAACAGAAGUGCAAUAGUCUCAUAAGAAAUGCUUGAUCGUAUUGUUUGUUUCGGCAGUAGUUUUCUGCUGGAUAAAUUUCCAUUUCACACACAACACAAACUGUAGUUAUCUUCUCAUUUUAACAGAUGUGCAUUAUGUCUGCUACUCUUUUGUAUAUAUAAGGUGUAAAUAUUUUUGCCCAAGAUGUGAUAAAUUAUUUUUUAAAUUCUAAGCAGCAUAUUGAUUUGUUUAAGGCUGUAAUAUAUUUGUGUGUAUUUCAUGGAAGGUUAAGAAUGCUUCUGUGAUUGUAAAUGUCAUGUUGUCAUGUAGAAAUCUACUUAAUAAAUAAUGGUCUCCGUGAAGUAGCAUGUUAAUGAUACCAUGUGAUCUUUUAAAAGUAUUUCCUAUCUUCGGCAGUGGAUGUAACUCAUUUGUUACAUGGAAAUGAAGUUGAAUAAAAAAUAAAGCAGUCAUCAAUCUGAA